AUGUCUGAUACAAACUUAAGACCAGGAGUCUUUGAUGAUACAAUGCCGCGUCGCGGCAUUGUAAAAAGCAACGACUUGCCCCAUCUUGAAGUCGGGAUAGCUGACACCGGCGAGGAUAACGAGCAGCUCGAGGAUACCCGAUGGGAGAGCACUAAGGAGUGCUUCGACGGCCACGUCCCCGAGCCUAAGAACCUGCCGUGGAGGGAUCCUAGCAGAGUUAAGCCCUGCGGCGAAGGUGGAGACGAGACCGAGGAAACAUGCGGCACUCAGGCCUACUGCGAAUUAUUUUCUGAAAACUCAGAAAGACGCCAAGUUUCUGGUUCGCCCUAUAUCUGGACUAAGAGGCAGUGCUUUGAGGCCCACGAGAUGAACCCGGCCAUCUUCUUCCCGGAAGAUUAA